GGGGCUCGGUGAAGCGUUCCCCGGCGCUGGGGGCGGGCCGGAUCAUUUGUGCUCAGGCACUGAGCGGGGCAGCCUGGCGCGGCGGGAGGGGGCGGGGUAAGAUGGCGGCGUCCCUGUGGCUGAGCGGCGGCGGCGGAGAGCGGGUGCUGAGGCUGCUGCGGGCCGGGCGAUCGGCGCUGGGCGCGGGGCUCUCCCUCCCCGUCCGGGCAGGAUGGAGGUACCUGCACCGGACCCCGGAGCUGCUGGGUACACCUGGUAUCAAAGUUCUUAUGCCUGCACUUUCUCCAACAAUGGAAGAAGGAAACAUUGUCAAAUGGUUAAAAAAGGAAGGUAAGAAAGCAUUUUCUGUGGUCACAUUUUCCAUAAUUUUUCAGCUAU